CUGAAAGAAUUCCAACAAAGUUGACUCAUUCCUAUUUAGCAAAGCGAGGUAAAUAUAGUCUUUUUUUUAUAACGAGGAUUUGUUAUUCCUUUCAUGUACUGACUAUUGUAUAGGAGAUCAUUGAUUAGCUGCUCUGUAUUGGCACAAAGCACACAGAGGUGCAGCAGCGUCCAGUGAAGCCUAACUGCCUGGUAGAAAGGAAGGGACUGUCUGCGUGAAACAAGCAGGGUAGGAAAAGUCGACUUACCUGUAACCCAGGUUCUGGCAUCCCUCACCAACUCUGCCUCACUCUAGUAGUACCUGCUCUGACUUGAAAGUCCAGUUUCACAAGGAAGAAUCGUGGAGGAAGAAAAAUAUGUCACAGGAGACGGACAAUAAGCGGCUGGUGGUGGUGGUACCCAAUGAGACGUCCUUCCAAGGGCGGCGUGCAUACACCAGCGAGGAUGAGGCAUGGCGGUCCUACUUGGAGAACCCUCUGACUGCAGCCACUAAGGCCAUGAUGAGCAUCAAUGGAGACGAGGACUCUGCUGCAGCCCUGGGACUGCUCUACGACUAUUACAAGGUUCCUAAAGAAAAGAGACUGUUGCCCAUCACCAAAGUGGUUGAAAUUUCAGAGGAGCAGGAAAAGAGGGGAGGCUCGGGGACCAGCAUCAACGGCCAGCAGGGUGACAACAUAGAGAUGGUGGACAACCGAGUCCAGGUGCUGAAGUCUGUCCCGGUCAACCUGUCCCUCAACACUGACCACCUGGACAAGAGAGUCAACAUGUCCCUCAACACUGACCACCUGGACAAGAGGGAGGAGUACGGGGCGGGGACGGGUGAUGGACCUGGGGCUAUUGCCUUGGUGAAGGCAGAGAUGUAUGCCCCGGUGUUCAUGGGUCCUGGGGUUGGGACGGGGGUGCACUACCGAGUAGAGGGCGAGGAGCAGGAGUCAAGGGUCGUCUAUGAACAGAUGAGUCCGUAUGUAUCCGAUGUGUCAACAGUUAGUCACGGAGGAUACGUUAAGGAGGACCAGCGCAGCACGCCUGAUGACAGCCCGUAUGAAGAGGAGAGCGAUGUGAAAUACCACACACCCAAGUCUAUAGCACAGGAAGAGUUUAUCUUCGACCAACAAGUAGUGGAUACGUUUCAGUACAAGCUGGAAGCCACCAGGUCACUGCGUGUGAAGCAGGGGGAGGGGCCCAUGACGUACCUGAACAAGGGCCAGUUCUACGCUGUGACGCUCAGCGAGCUGGGAGCUAACAAACGCCUGAGACAUCCAAUCAGCAAAGUCAGGAGUGUCAUCAUGGUGGUGUUCAGUGAAGACAAGAACAGAGACGAACAGCUGAAGUACUGGAAGUACUGGCACUCCCGCCAACACACUGCUAAACAGAGAGUACUAGACAUAGCGGACUAUAAGGAGAGCUUCAACACCAUCGGUAACAUUGAGGAGAUAGCCUACAACGCUGUCUCCUUCACCUGGGAUGUGAACGAAGAGGCCAAGAUCUUUAUCACAGUGAACUGUCUAAGUACAGACUUCUCGUCUCAGAAGGGGGUGAAGGGUCUUCCUCUGAUGAUCCAGAUUGACACAUACAGUUACAACAACCGCAGCAACAAGCCACUCCACAGAGCCUACUCUCAGAUCAAGGUCUUCUGUGACAAGGGAGCUGAGAGGAAGAUCAGAGAUGAGGAAAGGAAACAGAACCGCAGGAAGACUAAAGGGAAGGAUGGAGGACUAGGGGUGAUAACUCUCCCUAAGAAGCCUGACACCACCUACUUCAAGACCAUGACUGACCUGGAGGCCCAGCCUGUACUCUUCAUCCCUGAUGUCCACUUUGGAAACCUGCAGAGGGCUGGACAGGUAUUUGCCUUUAACACAGAAGAGAUUGAGAGAGGAGGGAGUGUGUUGGUUAAGAGGAUGUUCAGACCGUCAGAGGAUGACCUCUCACCUCCUUCCCACAAACAGAUCAAAGAGGAAACACACAAGAGAGUCCUGCUGUAUGUGAGGAAAGAGUCGGAUGAGGUGUUUGAUGCUCUGAUGCUCAAGUCUCCAACCCUGAGAGGCCUGAUGGAAGCAAUAUCAGAGAAGUAUGGAGUUCCCACUGAGAGGAUAGCCAAGAUCUACAAGAAAAGCAAAAAAGGGAUCCUGGUGAACAUGGACGACAACAUCAUAGAGCAUUACUCUAAUGAAGACACCUUCAUCCUGAGCAUAGAGAGCUACGCUGACGCCUACAAGGUCACACUCACUGAAAUAUGAUGACUGAAGGACUCAGUCUAGGGCCGGGGGGGACAGUACAGAGGGACAGGACAGUACAGGAGGACAGGACAGUACAGGAGGACAGGACAGUACAGGAGGACUGAGUGUAGGGUCGGGGGGACAGGACAGUACAGGAG